AUGGGGCGACGUCUUCGUACCACUGUGCCGACUCUUCCCUCUCAGCUAGACCCAGCAUUGCCAGAUGUUGACCAUUUUGCUCAUAAAGAGAGAGAAAAGAGGAAAAUGAAUACUGAAUACUACAACAGGAGACAUCGUGCAAAACCUCUUAGUGAUUUGGUACCAGGAGAGCAUGUAUGGGUCACUGAUACAAAAGAAUCUGGGACUGUGCUGCAGAAUCACACGAGUCCAAGGUCUUAUCUGGUGGAUGUACCUAAAGGUGUGGUGAGACGCAAUAGUCAGCACUUGAUACCCUUACACACACAUGUAAAUGAAGGAGGAGUGGUGGAGCAGCAGGAGUUGCCAGAGACAAACAAUGAACAAGUUUCUACAUCACCUGGGAAAAUACUUAAAAACUUUCCUAUGGCGAGGAGCAAUGCUAUUGUCUUUGACAUAUGCAGCUUUUCAGCCAUUCUGAAGGAAAAUGGAUUGGAGGGAUUUUCAGGCACCACCAUCGCAGAAUGGAUUUGUUUGGUGUUUCACAGCAGUGGCUUUGAUACCUCAGCCCUCAAUGUGGGACCAAGGGCCACCAAUCAUGGGAUCUUCUUGCUAAGCGCUAAGUGGUGGUGUGACGAUUUCAAGACACCACAUGCACGCAACUAUUGCAACGUAAGUUGUGAAGCCCUACGGGAUGUUAACAUUACUGAUGAUAUCCAAUGUGCCAAGAAAGUUGUCGAAAAAAGCAAGGGCUUUGCAGCAUGGGCUGCCUGGAGGAUACACUGUAAAGGACAAGAUCUGAAGAAAUAUAUUGCAGGCUGUGACCUGGAAGAAGUCACCUCUUCACCACCAGUCCCAGAAAAAAUCUUUACUAGUGACCAGAGGCCAAAGACUAUACAUCCAGGAGUAGAUAUUCUGCCUACUCCUUUCCGAGACAUGCACCCUGAAGAACCUACUCUCCCAUUUAAAAAGUGGUCUAAUUCUGAGCGUCCAACCAUGGGUUCUUCAAAGCCUACAGCUUCUAUAAGGGAGUUCCCAAAUACCACCUUCCUGUCUGAGAAUCUUCCAAAAUCUAACAUUUCGGUCAAAGAACCUCCAGGAUUCACCCUUUCAACUCAUAGUCCCUUAAAACCUUCUGUUGCAUUAGGGGAAGUCCUAAAUGUAAUCCCACCCAAGAUUCCUCCAAAACCUAUGGCCUCCAUCAAUGAGACUUCAAACUCCGCCCUCCAAGUAGUUGAUCCCAAAAAAUAUUCAGUCCCAUCACAUAACGAUACAGAACCCAGCAUUUUUUAACCACGCAUAC